UCCCUGGUGUCUGGGUGUCUCAGGUGCCUACCCCGGGCUCUGGGUCUGGAGGAGAGCGUACCAUCCUGAGUUCCUUCUCCAGACAUGCUCCCGGAGGCGGGCGCCCCGUGGCUGCUGAGGCUCCUCCGGGACACCCAGCUGGCCCAGUUUUACCGACCCAUACUCGAGGAGCUGAAUGUUACCCGGCCAGAGCACUUCGACUUUGUGAGACCUGAGGAUCUGGACAGCAUUGGCAUGGGCCGGCCAGCCCAGCGCAGACUGGCUGAAGCUCUGAAGAGGCACCGUUUAGGGCACAAGCCUAAGAACUGGGUCUACAAGAUCCUUGGGGGGUUUGCCCCUGAGCAGAAGGAGACCACCCCACCUUCAGACAACCCUCCAUCCCUUCCUGAGCCAGAGGGAGGACUCAAGUGUCUGAUCCCAGAUGGUGCUGUGUGCAGAGGGGAGCUGCUGGGCUCCGGCUGCUUUGGUGUGGUGCACCGCGGGCUGUGGACACUGCCUAGCGGUCAGAGCGUCCCAGUGGCUGUCAAGUCCCUCCGGGUGGCUGCCGAAGGCUCGGUGGGCACAGAGCUGAGGGACUUCCUUCGAGAGGUGUCGGUCAUGAUGAACCUGGAGCACCCACAUUUGCUACGUCUGCACGGGCUCGUGCUGGGCCAGCCUCUGCAGAUGGUGAGCAGACCCGACGAUGGCUCCCGGGACAGCCCCGGGCUGAAGUGGCAGGUGGGAGCUCCAGGGCACAUAUCCAGCCCCCUUCAGCUCCACUUCCGCAGGUGUGCUCCAGAGAGCCUACGCCAGGGGGCCUUCUCUUCUGCCUCGGACGUGUGGAUGUUCGGGGUGACGCUGUGGGAGAUGUUCUCUGGGGGCAAGGAGCCCUGGGCCUGGGUCCCGCCCUACCUCAUCCUGCAGCGGCUGGAGAAGGACCAAGCCCGGCUGCCUCGGCCUCCUCUCUGCUCCAGGGCCCUCUACACCCUCGCCUUGCGCUGCUGGGCCCUCCAUCCUGCUGAUCGGCCCAGCUUCUCCUCCCUGGAGGGGCUGAUCCAAGAGGCCUGGCCUCCUGAGGGGCGCUGUGUGAGGGAUGUCUCAGAGCCAGGUGCCCUGAGGAUGGAGUGUGGUGAUCCCAUCACUAUCAUCGAGGGCAGCCCCAGCUCCACAACCUGGAAGGGCCAGAAUGGUCGCACAUUAAAAGUGGGCAGCUUCCCAGCCUCGGCAGUGACGCUGACAGACCUGAAGGGCUUGCCGGCCACCUGUCCAGUCCACAGAGACUCCCCUGCCUGGGCAGAGCAGAGACGGGGAAGCGUGGAUGGGGCCAGAGCCAAGGCAAAGCUUCGGGAGCCACCUCCAGCUCAGGGUCAGAGAAGGAACAUGCCCCUGCAGAGGAGAAAGGGCAUUUCCAAGAGUCUGGAAUCUGUUCUGUCCCUGGGCCCCUGCCCCACAGGGGGUGGUUUGAGCCCCCCCGAACUUCGAAAAGCCAGAGAUGUCCCCCAGGGACCCCCAGGCCUGCCACCUCGCCCUCCCUUUGCCUCCGGCUCUUCUCAGUCCAACCAGCCCCCCAGGGAGCGGCCUUCCUGGCCCAAAAGAGAACCCCUGCACAAUCACCCCUUGGGAGCACCUGGAGCCAGCAAAGCCGCUGUUCUCUCUGGAGGUCUCUUGCCUGACCCCGAUUUGCAGAAGAGGGUUAUGGAGGUGGAGCUGAGCGUACAUGGAGUCACCCACCAGGAGUGCCAGGCGGCACUGAGAGCCACUGGAGGAGAUGUGGUUUCUGCCAUCCAGAACCUUAAGGUAGACCAGCUCUUCCACCUGAGCAGCCGGUCCAGAGCCGACUGCCGGCACAUCUUGGAGCAUUACCACUGGGACCUCUCAGCGGCCAGUCGCUAUGUCCUGGCUCGGCCCUAAGCUCUGCUCCUUUAGACACGGACACCAGAUGCACCAAGGAGCUGACCAUGUGGGGCGAGCAGAGCAGAACAAGUCCUCAAAGGGUGUGUGUUCUCACCUGAAGAGAGCCUGCCAUAGGCAGGUCCAGGAGUCCAGGGUCGGGCACUGACGCGUGUCUCCUCCUACCCUGCCUCUUGGCCUCUGAAGGCUCAAGCUCCCUUGGCUGGGUCACGGGAGGAUCUAGUCCGCCCUGCCCACCACAUUGCCAACCAGGAGGAGGACUUGGAGGAACAGAGCUGCUACCCACCAUCCCCAUAGGAAGCUUGUACUUGUACAGAGAAUGCCCAAGUGGCCAUACUGAACCCUGGGAACAGCCAUCCUGAGCUGCCUUCAGCUCCACACCGAGCUCCGGGGGCACAGCCAUCUCGGAUGACGGGAGCAGCCGUACUGACUUGGGGCACGUGGCCCAAACUGCCUGGGCCGGGGCCGGGGCCAUCAUGGGUGAUGAAAGUUGCUGUCUAGGAUGCAAGGACACUUGAUCCUGGCAGCAUGGAUUACGAGACGAGACGAGACGGGCCAGCCCCACCCGGCCCAGCUGCCAUAUUUC